AUGGGCGAUCUACCUCUAAAAAGGGUGAAACCGCAACCACUCUUGAUUUCAGACUUAAGCAAGGACGCCUUUGUAUUAGCACUUCGCAGAUUUAUAUCACGCAAAGGAAAACCUCAUAAAAUACAUUCCGAUAAUGGAAAAAUGCUCGUAGACGCCAAUUCUGAAAUCCAAAAUUUCCUCAAGUUAAAAGAACCAAAUUUAACAUAUGCCCUUUCUUCAGAAGGUAUUCAAUGGAAAUUUAUUCCACCUGACUCCCCUCAUUUUGGCGGUCUUUGGGAAGACGGUAUGAAAUCAAUAAAACACCACAUGAAAAGAGUGAUGGGAAACGCUCAUUUGACGUUUGAAGAGCUAUAUUCAUUAUUAACGCAAAUUGAAGCAACAGUUAACUCCCGUCCACUCACACCUCUUUCCACCAAUCCCUCAGACCUUUUACCUCUUACACCUCAAAGAAGACAAUCAACCUCCCCUUGUCUGGAAGCUAGGAAGAAUCGAAUCCUUACACCCUGGAAAAGAUGGCAUCUCCCGAGUAGCAACCAUACGAACGUCAACGGGUCUAACGAAGAGAGCCUUCAGUAG